AAAAAUAAAACUACAGUAAAAGCUGCAACAAGGUAUUUGCCAUUACUGCCUGAAUAGUUUUCUUGUAAAAAGUGUAUGAGAGGUUGCAUAUUGCAUUAAAACACCUCAGUUAACAAUUUUGCUUGUUUCAAGUGCAGCAAAUAUUUUGCCAUAUUAUUCGCAUCAGCAAAAAGUCAUUUAAAUGAAAAAUUUGUAAAUAAUGUAUUCCCACCAUAGUAUUAUGGCAUUCACUUUAAACCUGUUUCUACCAUUUUAAUAUGAAACUAGUAAUAUAAAAGUUCUAAAAUAAAACUCUAAUUAGUAGUUUAACAUCACUGCAAGAUUUUAUAAAUAACAAAGCAAGUCCCUGAAUUAUCCAUAAACCACAUUUUGCCAAAAAUUACAGCCCCAAACAGUAUUAAAAGCAUGAUCAUACUUCUUUAGCAUUGUAUAGUCUUAUAAGGUAAAAAUAUUUAAGUAUAAUUUUCUUGGAAACCCAUUUUUGUGGUCCCACUGCUUUAAUAUCAUAGAGUGCAUUGCAAGGAAAAAAUCUGCGACAUGGUUUUGUAUCAAAUGCAUCUUUUUGCGUAGCAUAAUAUUAAUUUUAAACACCAAGUAAAGUAUAGAUCUUUGUGGGAUAGUUAUUUUUAUCUUACUGUAACAAAGGUACUACAGAAAGAACCACUAAAUGUUAUAUUAAUUCAGAAAUUGUAUAUAUUUUCUAUCUAUUACUUUACCUAACCUUUAUUUACUUUAUUCAGCAGAUACUUUGUUCUUGGUUAGUAUGUGUUUACAUUUUGUGUCUGGAAAAUUUUAAUGGCACAAUGACUAUAGAAAAUACAAGUAAGCGUAUAGCAUUCACUCCAGCAGAUGAUUUUUCAGACAAAUCAGUGGAUGAAAAGUUUGUGGCAAGCACUGCUACCUUGUACAACUUUGGUUAUGCACCAAAAAAGGUAAUUGAAUGUUUCCAGAAAUUUUGCUAUGACUACAACACACUUGCCGAAGCCAUAUCCGCCUUGCUAAAGCGGGAUAAGUUGUUAAAAAGAAAAUAUCGAUUUAUGACUGUUCCUGUGACAUAUCAAAUGCUAGCGAGGCCUACUAAUGAUGACCAACCAAAUGUUGUAAGAACAUCACUACUGAUGCUGCACAAGUAUAGUAAGGAAUGUCAUUACAAAUCAGUGUCAGAUGCCAUUGAAGAGCUAUUAAUGUCUCCUGUAAUGCAAAUGGAAAAUACCUGUGACAAUGAAAAUUCAGACAAAUGUGAUACAUCCACCCUUAGUGUGCUGACUGAUGUGGAAAAGGAGGCAUUAGUAAAAAUUGCUGAUGUACUUUAUCAGAAGAUUCAAGAUAAAACUAUAAAAAACAGAGAGAAAGUAAAAGCACGUCGCACAAAUGCCGCCAAAAAGCUUAAUGUUUCUUCAUCAUCGAAACAAGUAUCUGGUAUACUUAAUAAACCAAAUGUAUUAAAACUCUCUUCGCCUGUCCCUGUUAUGCUAGACCCAGACUACAGUCCCAGCAUGAAGGACCCAGCCAUAGCAUGGACUAAGCCUGUAAAAUCCACCGCUAUUUUGAAUCGAACAGAUCAAGCAAAACUCUGCAAAACUGAACCUCAAGCUCAAGUUGAAAAGGCAGAUGCCCAGCUAUUGUUUCCAUUAAGUAUAUUCAAACCCAGUUACUCUCAACCUACAUUGCAAAGUGACAAUUACAUUAAGCGGGCCAUGAAUGGUAUAGAACCAACAGAACAGAUCUUAUAUAUGCUUGAAUUUCUACAUUUGAUUCCCAGUGACAACUCAUAGGACAGAUUAAAAUAAUAGCAAUCCAUAAAUUACAAUAAAUCCAAUUACUUUCCAGGUUCGAUUUAUUUAAAAGCUGUUUUAAUUGUAAUGACAUACAUAAGAGACAUUUAACUCAGUUUUAUUGUUGAAAAAUUCCUAAAAUUCUUUAGACUCAGUUUUGUUUUAAGUUUAUAAAUUCAGUUUAAUUUACUUUCCAACGUUUCCUUUUUACUUUGUCACUGCCAAUUAACUUGCUUAUUGUCACCACAAUAAACAGAUUCAUUUUAUUGUUUUCACCAUGAAUUUGAAAAUGCCUUAUAUAGCACAAGCAACAAGCAAUAUAUUCAUGUUCUUCUUAUCAUGGUAUAUGUGUACAAUGACAUGCUCAGUAUCACUUAACUGUGUAGAUGAUAAACGACGGUCACACACCA